CGGCGGCGGUGGCGGCGUGGGCGAGGCGGCGCGCCCGCUACGUGCGCCUCGUGGACCAGAUGCCCGGGCCCCUCGCGCUGCCGCUGCUGGGCUCCGUCGUCACGCUGAUCGCCACCAAGCGACAAGAUCUGUUCCAGGUGUUCGACGGGCGAACGCGCAAGUAUUGGCCCGUGAUGCGCACCUGGAAGGGCCCCAUGGCCGACAUCCACCUGUCCAGCGCGCGCGACAUCGAGGUAAUCCUUGGCUCCACAACUCACAUUGACAAAUCAUCUAUCUACAGCUUCAUCCGCCCCUGGCUGGGGGAAGGCCUCUUGACGAGCACAGGCAACAAGUGGCAUUCACAUAGGAAACUGAUUACACCCACAUUCCACUUCAAGAUUCUAGAGUCAUUCCUUGAAGUGUUCGCUGAGAACAGUCAUAUAUUAGUGGAAUCUAUGGAGAAAGAAGUGGGUAACACUGGCGGCUUUGACAUAUAUCCAUACAUAACCCUUUGUACUCUUGACAUCAUAUGUGAGACGGCGAUGGGGUCACAGAUCAACGCCCAAAGGGGCGGCCAUUCCGACUACGUGAGGGCCAUCUACGACAUCUCGGAGUGCGCGCUGGAGCGCGUGAUGCGGCCGUGGCUGUACCCAGACUGCGUCUUCCGGCGCUCGGGGACCGGCAAGCGGUUCCACCAGCACCUCGCCACGCUGCAUGGCUUCACCACCAAGGUCAUUCAAGAAAGAAAAAUCUUCUUAAAAAAUAAUUCUUCCGCCACGGCAGAUGAAAACAAAGAUGACUUUGUGGCAAUCACAAGUCAUUGUUCUCGCAGGCGUCAAGCGUCGUCUGGCCUUCUUGGACCUGCUGUUGGAGGCGUCCAAAGGAGGCACCGUCCUCAGCGACGAGGACAUCCGUGAGGAGGUCGACACCUUCAUGUUCGAGGGCCACGACACCACCUCGGCGGGCAUCUGCUGGACCCUGUUCCUCCUCGGCACGCACCACCAUGUGCAGGAGAAGGUGGUGGAGGAGCUGCAGGCGAUCUUCCAGGGCUCCGACAGGCCCCCUACCAUGCAGGACCUGGCCGAGAUGAAGUACCUGGAGCGCGUCAUCAAGGAGACACUGCGCCUCUACCCCAGCGUGCCAAUCAUCGGCCGACACGUGACACAAGACGUUCAGAUAGGAAAUUACACUAUUCCAGCUGGAUGUGAUGUCACAGUACAUAUUUAUCACGUGCAUCGGAACCCAGAGUACUUCCCUGAGCCAGAGAAAUUCGACCCGGACAACUUCCUGCCCGAGCGGGUGCAGGGCCGCCACCCUUACGCCUACAUCCCCUUCAGCGCAGGCUCCAGGAAUUGCAUCGGCCAGAAGUUCGCGCUGCUGGAGGAGAAGGUGGUGCUGUCGAUGCUGCUGCGCCGCUACUCCUUCCAGGCGCUGGACAAGGCGGAGGACCUGAAGCUGAUGGGGGAGCUCAUCCUGCGGCCCUGGGGCGGCCUGCGCCUGCGCGCCACCCGCCGCGCCACCUAGCGCCAGCGCCAGUCACAGUGCCAAUGUCAGCGCCAGCAC